AUGUCAGCACAGCUACCACUCGCAGGCCUCCGUGUUGUUGAGCUGGCCGGUCUAGCCCCCGGCCCCUUCGCCGGUCUCCUACUUUCGGACUAUGGCGCCUCCGUGCUGCGCAUAGACCGUCCGAAUUCCACCAGCACGGACCAGCUCACCCGCGGCAAAAGCUCCAUCACGCUCGAUCUGCGUGACACCGCCUCUCACAAACUCCUGCUUGACCUGCUAUCGAAGGCCGAUGUCCUGAUUGACCCCUUCCGCCCUGGCGUCCUGGAGCGCCUUGGCCUGUCGCCUAAGGAUGUGCUGUUGAAACGGAACCCGCGGCUGAUCGUUGCCCGGAUGACGGGGUUUCGACGAGACGGCAAGUAUAAAGAUAUGGCUGGCCAUGAUAUUAAUUACAUUGCCGUAUCUGGCGUGUUGUCCAUGCUCGGGCGCGCGGGCGAGAGGCCGUAUGCACCGGGGAAUAUCCUUGGUGAUUUUGCUGGUGGAGGGGCCGUUUGCUUUCAGGGCAUCCUGCUAGCAUUAUUGUCGCGCGCGACGACCGGAAGGGGUCAAGUCGUCGAAGCCAACAUGGUUGACGGCUCCGCGUACCUAGCGACAAUGCCGCGGUUGGGUCUCCAGACGCCGAUUUGGAAUGGGCCCCGGGGGACGAAUAUGCUUGACGGUGGAAGUCCGUUCUACGAUACAUACGAGACCAAGGAUGCAGGGAAAUACUUUUCGGUCGGCGCGUUGGAGCCGCAGUUCUAUGCAGCCCUGGUCAAGGGAUUAGGGUUCCAAAAGGGAGAAUUACCGUCACGCGAAGACCGUAGCAACUGGCCUGCACUCCGGGAGGCAUUCAGGAAGCGGUUCAAGGAAAAGACACGUGCGGAAUGGGAGGCCGUAUUCGACGGGACGGAUGCGUGUGCGACGCCAGUCCUGGAACAGUCUGAGUUGCAGGAGGCCGGCUUUGACCAGCGGCCGAUCGUGCAUUUGUCCGAUACCCCGGCCCGACCGAGCGCGGCCGACGGCGGUCCAAGCAUUCUUGAGCCAGGGACUGGGGGAAAAGACACGUUGAAGGCAUGGUUUGGAUGGGAGCAAGGUCGGGAUUAUGAUACGAGAAUGGAUGGAGCUUUGGUACGGACUGAUGGCAAGUCCAAAUUGUAA